CUCAUUUAAAGAGUUAAUUAUCUGUAACAGUAGGUGCAUAGCUGUUACACAAAUAACGGUCUUUGCCCAUUGAGAGACGUGCAACCUGUGCUGCCACCAGCAGACGACAAGAAUGUGGUCCCACAUCGUUUGUGUGUCCGUCCUGCUCCAUUACGUCACUGGCCAGUCCGGGACGACCCUCAACAUCAAGGACGUGUUCGAGGGACGUUGCUACGACUACAAGGAGACGCUGUACAACGGUCUCCUUCCGGAAGUAAAAGCAAGCUGCGGUGAUCUGUGGUUGAAGUUCCUAGAUGCGUUUGCUUACAAGCACCCAUGUGACGUCAAGUUUGAGUCCUAUUCGGCGUACUGGGAGGCGGCGAAACAAAUCUUACCGACAGACAAGGUCAUGUUUUGGUCUGGGGUGUACAAUCUGGCACAUCGGUUCGCCAACAACGGUAAACGGUACGUCACUUUAGAAGACACUCUCAUCGGGUACCUGGCCAACUCGCUGACCUGGUGCGGCACGCAGAAACAACCUGGCCUGAAUUUCACGCGCUGCCCAAGCUGGACAGACUGCCCGACCGAGGCCAGUGAGAGCUUUUGGGCAGGGGCUUCAAAAACGUUUGCCUCAGAAGCGAAGGGCGUUGUGACGCUGAUGCUUGAUGGUUCGAACCCCAAACAGCCAGCAUACAGGAGGAACAGUUUUUUUGCCAAGUACGAGCUGCCCAGUCUCAACCCCAAGCUGGUGACGUCAGUCAAGGUCAUUGUGACCCACGCUCUGAACGCGCCCAAAGUCGAGUUCUGUGGCACUGGUUCGUUGGUAGAUCUCAAGAAUGACGUCACCAAGGCUGGUCUCAAAUACACGUGCACCGACGAUCCAAUCGCCGUCAUGCACCUGUUAUGCGCUGAUGACCCGGAAAGCCGAGAAUGUCAGCUGACUUUCGCGCAUGCGCAAGGGGAACUGACACGCAAAAAGCGUUCUGAAGAUUUCAACGGCAUGCCAGAUUUUUUUUGAGUCACUUGAAAAAUAAAAUAA